AUGUCCGAGAACGCACUAAAUGAAAAUAAUAAUUGCCAAGCCUGCGCAGAGGCGGACGAUGAACGGAUGAGACCAACUAUCGAAGUGCCGAUGGCAAGCAAAUCCGGUAGCAAAGCUGGAAGCAAACCGUUAUCAGGAAUAAGUAAUGCACGGGCCAGGAAAGCGCGGUUAGAGCUCGAGAAGCUUGAAGCACAGAAAGCGCUUGCUGCGAAGCGUUUGGAACUUCAGCGGCGGGAUCAACAACGUAGACACAAAGAGGAAGAGUUGAUGGCCCAGCAGAUUAGGGCACAGGAAGAAGCAGCACUUGAGCUUAAGGAGCUGCAGUUGGAAGAGGAAAUGACUACCGAAACAUUUCGACUACGAAGUUUAAUCGAACUAGAAGAAGAUGACGACGACGCCAACGAAAGCGUUGUGUCCACGCAGAGUGCAUUCAGCAAAGUACGGCAGUGGGGACCGUCAAACUCGACAAUGGCGACCUCGACGAAGCAGGCACCGUUGAUUGACCCAAGAGACAAUGGAGUAACGACAACAACCAGAAAAACACCAGCUGUGUAUUUUGGUGUGAAGCAGCCAAAUAGGUAUCAGGGUGUUCAUAGAAGGGAGUUGACAGGUAACACAUUAGGGCAAUCUAGUUUAGAGCCAACGUUAGGAGGUAUCAUUGGUCGGUCAGAAAGCACAAUUAAGCCGAUAGCUGACAGAACUCCUCCUAGAUUCACUUCGUUUAUGGGAACUCAAUGUAUCUUUGGUCAGAAUAGAAUAACGCAUCCGUCUGUUAGUGGCAAUCAAACUUCCGCGUACCCUUAUGUCAACCCACCUAUUUCUCAGUCUCAAAUAAUCAAUACCUCGCACGUUUCACAACCCGAAAUCGAUGAUUAUCAAUCGCGGGAGGUUAGUCAAUUUAAUCAAAAUAGUGCUGAACAGAGUGGUUCGCUGACAGCGGACCCAUUGGAUGAAAUAUUUCCGAGGCCGUCUACACACUCCAAAUCAGAACUGGAACAGUUAGAAGAAUCACCUAGGACAAUCGAUCCGUCGAAUGUUCGUCGAGAUAAUGUAUAUCGUUCACGAACGGAACCUCAGCGACAGAUUGAUAGAACCACGUCUUGGGGCCCGACACCUCGACAAUUAGCUGCUAGACAUGUAAUGGCUAAAGAACUACCAGUUUUUUCUGGGAACCCGGAAGACUGGCCGCUGUUCAUCAGUGCGUAUACAAAUUCUACGUUGGCAUGCGGCUUUUCGGAUGCGGAAAAUUUAGCAAGGUUACAGCGGUGCCUUAGAGGGCACGCACUUGAAUCGGUGCGUAGUCGGCUGCUUUUGCCAGCGGGUGUCUCGCAUGUUAUCGAUACACUUGAGACGCUGUAUGGACGACCAGAGCUCUUAAUCCACACUUUACUGCAAAAGAUCCGCGUGGUCCCAGCCCCGAAGUCGGACCGACUCGGCACACUGAUUGAAUUUGCUAUGGCGGUGCAAAAUCUCAGCGAUCAUUUGGAAGUCGGACGACAUCAGGCGCACCUGAACAACCCAAUGCUCUUGUUCGAAUUAGUUGAAAAACUACCGGCGCAUAUGAAGUUGGAUUGGUCGAUUUAUAAACAUCGCUGUGGAGAAGUUAACAUGCGUUCAUUUGCUCAGUACAUGCAGACACUGGUGCGCGCUGCAACUGACGUUACGUUGCAGUACGACCCGAAGCAGAAACAUCAACCAGCUAAGGAGAAGAAUUUCAAAGACAAGAACUUUUGUGGGGCUCACUCGACAGAAGGUACGUCGUCUGUAAUGCAAGAAGAGACUGUCGAGAAAAGGAUUCAGCCACCAAGUCGAACAUGUCUUGUCUGCAAGAACCCAGAACACCGUGUUAAGGAUUGUCCGGAAUUCCAUACAUUAACUAUCGACGAGCGUUGGAAGAUGAUUCAACGAUUCAAUUUAUGUCGGCUUUGUCUCGGAGCGCAUGGUAGGAGAUCUUGCAAAAUUCGUAAACAGUGCGACGUUGAUGGUUGUCAACGACGUCAUCAUCCACUUUUACACUCCAAGCAGGGGAUAGAGGAUAAUAGGCAAAAGAUGAAUAACUUCCAGUCGCAAAAAAGUGAACCCAAGAAAAUGUCGAUUGAUUCGAAGCCGAGUUGUUCAAGGGCGGUCACAAAUCAUCAUUCGAUUGAGAAGACAACGUUGUUCCGCAUUAUUCCGGUGACACUGUACGGAAACAACUGUUCGGUAUCUGUGUACGCUUUCUUGGAUGAGGGUUCAGAGAAGACUUUGGUUGACGAGGAUGUUGUAAAACAGUUAGGAGUUGUUGGGGAAACGCUACCGCUGUGUCUGCAAUGGACAGCAAAUGUUAAAAGAACGGAGGCCAACUCCCAGCGAGUCGCUUUAGAAAUAGCAGGACGCGUGGGAGGAGCCCGGCAUUCACUGUUGGACGUACGCACGGUGAGCAAGCUGGAUUUACCCCGACAAUCUCUGCGGUAUAAAGACUUGGCCAAGACGUUUCCGUAUCUCAGAGGUCUCCCGGUUAACGACUAUGAUGAAGCAGAACCACGUAUACUGAUUGGAAAUGAUAAUGCACACGUUACGUCCACAUUGAAGCUACGAGAUGGUCAACCAGGAGAGCCGAUUGCCGCUAAAUCGCGAUUGGGAUGGACUGUUUACGGAUCUAAUCUUGAUAAGUCUGCUCUCAGAGCCCGCAGUUUUCACAUCUGUGAGUGUCAGGAAAAGGACCAAAUGCUACAAGAACGUGUUGAGCAGUUUUUUUCAAUCGAGAACCUGGGAGUGAUGGAAACGGAACCUCCUAUGUCUUCAGAAGUUGAACGGUCUUACCGCAUCCUGAGGGAAACAACCAAGCGAGUGGGUCAGCGAUUCGAGACUGGACUUAUUUGGAAGUACGAUUGUUUCGAGUUCCCUGACAGCUACUCAAUGGCGGUCAAGCGAUUGCAGUGUUUGGAAAGGCGUAUGCAGAAAGACUUGCUCAUCGGUGAAAGUGUGAGGAGGCAGUUGUUGGAGUACCAGGAGAAAGGGUAUAUACACAAAGCGACCCAGGCGGAAUUGGACGAGGCUGAUCCACGACGGACCUGGUACUUACCAUUGGGUGUAGUUAUUAAUCCUAAAAAACCAUCAAAAAUUCGUAUAUUCUGCGAUGCUGCAGCAACGGUCGAAGGUAUUUCGCUCAACACGAUGCUGCUCAAAGGACCAGACCUGUUGAGUACGUUGCUGAAUGUUCUUUUCGGAUUUCGUGAGAAGCGAGUUGCUUUAUGCGCUGACCUGAUGGAAAUGUUUCACCAGAUUCAAAUUCGGAAGGAAGAUCGGCACGCUCAACGACUGCUCUGGCGGAAAAACUCGUCAUCACCACCUGACGUUUAUUUGAUGGACGUUGCUACGUUUGGAGCUACCUGCUCCCCUUGUUCGGCGCACCGACGCCAUUAUUCGAAAGCAUUAUGUGGACGACUACUGGACAGCGCUGACGAUGUUGAAGAGGCGGUUAAACUGGCGAACGAGGUUAAAUUGGUUCACUCUUUCGGAGGAUUCUAUCUUCGGAAUUGGCUUUCAAACUCAUCAGAGGUUCUCUCACGGGUCGGUGAGAGCGAGUCAGCCUUGAAGAAGUGUCUCCAGCUGGACAAGACCAGCUCUACUGAACGCGUACUGGGUCUGUAUUGGAAUCCUAAUAAUGAUGUCUUCACGUUCUCCACGUGUCUAGCUAAGCAGGAGGACUACCCAACCAAACGUCAUGCGCUACGAGUUGUAAUGAGUACUUUCGACCCCGCUGGAUUUCUCUGUUUUUUCCUCAUCCAUGGUAAGAUACUAAUACAAGAUCUAUGGAGGGCUAAAACAGGAUGGGACGAGUCGAUUCCGGUUAAUCUUCGAGAUAAAUGGAGACGGUGGACGGAGUUGUUUCGCUCGUUGGACCAGAUUAGUAUUCCGCGCUGUUAUUUCCCAAAGGCGUCGAUCAAUGAUAUAAUUUCUCUUCAGCUGCACAUCUACGUGGACGCAAGUGAAGACGCAUACGCCUGUGUUGGAUAUCUGCGGGCUGUUUUUCCGAAUGAAAUCCGUGUAGCGCAGGUGGGAGGAAAGUCGAAGGUGGCUCCGCUCAAAGCACACUCUAUUCCGCGGCUAGAGCUGAUGGCAGCAGUAAUCGGUGUGCGCUUCGCCAAGACCGUACUUAGUGGACACUCGCUGGACAUUGGGAAAGUAGUUUUUCGGACCGAUUCAAAGGUAGUACUCGCCUGGAUUAACUCCGAUCAUCGCAACUAUCGACAGUUCGUCGCAUGUAGAGUGGGAGAAAUCUUGUCUAAAUCGAAAGUAGAGCAAUGGCGUUGGAUAUCGACGAGGAAAAAUGUUGCCGACGAAGCCACUAAGUGGGGAAAAGGUCCCAAUCUUUCUUCAAAUAGUCGCUGGUUUCGUGGGGAAGAUGAUCUUUAUCUACCAGAAGAGCAGUGGACUGCGAUCAUGCUUACAGACAACGAGUCGACCGACGAAUAG